AUGGCUGCUCCACUUAAUCUAGAAGAAGGUCUGUCUGCAACAAGACCUCCUCGUUUUAAUGGACAUUUCUACAGCUGGUGGAAAGUUAGAAUGGAUGAUUUUCUCAUGGUUGAAGAUAGUGAGCUAUGGGAUAUCGUACUAGAUAGACCUUUUAUUCCAAUGAUAGAAGAAAAGGAUGGAGAGAAAACUAGGCUGGUUCCAAAGCCUAGACAAAAAUAUGAUGAAGCUGAUAGGAAGAAGAUAGAAAAAGGAUACAAGGCAAAAACUCUUCUUGUCUGUGGGAUAGGACCUGAUGAGUUCAAUCGUGUCUCAGCGUGUGAGUCUGCUAAAGAAUUCUGGGAUUGUUUAAAAACAGCUCAUGAAGGAACUGAACAAGUCAAGGAAUCAAAGAUUGAUAUGCUCACCUCCUUGUAUGAAAAUUUCAAGGUGAAGGAAGGAGAAACCAUUCAUAAGAUGUUCACAAAAUUAUCCUCUAUUACAAAUGAGUUGCGAAGUCUUGGGGAACCUAUCACUAUGAGCAAGAAAGUCAGGAAGGUGCUUCGAAUUCUUCCAAAGUCCUGGGAAAGCAAGGUUGAUGCAAUUUCUGAAGCAAAAGAUCUAAAGGUGCUGACAAUGGAUGCUCUCAUUGGAAAUCUGAAAACUCAUGAGAUGAAUCGAAAUCAUGAUUUGUCAAAGAAGGAAGUCAAAAAGGAUAAGUCCUUCAUGCUGAAAUACAAAUCUGAUGAAGAUUCCAGUGAUGAUGAUAUGGCUUAUCUCAUCAAUAGAUUUCAAAAAAUUGUGAAAAAGAACAAAGGUUUUAGAAGAGGAACGAAUGGUCCUCGAAAUGCUGCUCAGAAUGAUACCUGCUACAAAUGUGGAAAAGCUGGACACUUUAUUAGAAAGUGUCCUCUACUCAAAACGGAAAACAGGGAACAUCAAAAACCAAGAAGUGACAAAGAGAAGAGAAGGGACGUGGUACUCGGUAAGAAUGAUCGAAAGGCUGCUGCUGACUAUGUCGUCAAAAAGGCUCUUUCUGCAUUGGGUGACUCUUCAAGUGAUUCAGAAGAUCCUGAUGAACCAAAUGAUGUGUCUAUGGUGGCUGUGCAUGAAGAGGAAACCAUUUUCAAUGAAAUUUUAACUAAAAAUAAAGUUAAACUGGAGGAGAAAAUGUCAAAAAUGGUGUCUCUAGAGUUUGAUAACACUGAACUUAAAAACCAGUUGAAUAAGAUAACUGAAGAAGCUGAAAAGAUAAAUGGAAUGUCAAAUGGUUUACAAGUUAAAAUUGAAGAAAAAUUGAAAAACUCUGAGAAAAAUCUGGAAUUGUCCUUGGAGAAGAGCAACAGAUUAGAAAAAGAUAUUGUCAAACUUAAGGAAGAACUUGAAAAAUCUCUUAUGUGGACAAAAUCCUCUAAGUUGUUGUCAAGUGCAACAAACCAGAGUAAUUUCAAUAAGAAAGCACUAGGAAGUUUGAAUAUCACUCCUCCCUUUAAUCCUCACAUUAAGUAUGUAUUUGUGUCUGACAAUCUGCUUUGUCUUCACUGUGGUAAAAAUGGGCAUUUAAAGGGAGAGUGUGCUAGAUGGAAAAAUUCUCAUGAAAGGCUCUCUAACUAUGCUGUAAGGCAAAAAUUAUCAAAAGAGAGACCUGGUCCUCAAAAACAUGUUUCAGCUGAUAGAUUUUCAAAGAAAAAAUCUGUUUCUGCUCCAAAGUCCUUUGUUAGAAAGAUUCAAAAACUGCCCUAUUGGACUAGAUACAAUCUGAUCACUCCCUUGUCUGCUUUCUGGGAACUCAAAUUGAAAUGGGUUCCCAAGCUUAACAAUCUACCUGAAGAGGCUGAUGAGGUUGAAAAGUGUGAUGAGGUACCUGGUACUACUCUGAAUUUCAGUCAGAGCAGAACAGUAAUAGGAACCAGAUGGGUGUUCAGAAACAAGCUCGAUGAAAAUGGAGUGAUCACUAGAAACAAAUCCAGGUUGGUGGUUCAAAGAUACAAUCAAGAAGAAGGAAUAGACUAUGAUGAGACUUUUGCACCUGUUGCCAGGAUGGAGGCCAUUAGAAUUCUGAUAGCUUUUGCUGCAUUCAUGGGUUUCAAGCUGUAUCAAAUGGAUGUCAAAAGUGCAUUUCUGAAUGGAGAUCUGAAGGAGGAGGUAUUUGUUAAACAACCUCCUGGGUUUGAAGAUGCUGAGCUACCAGAUCAUAUGUUCAGAUUGAAUAAAGCUCUGUAUGGUUUGAAACAAGCUCCUAGAGCAUGGUAUGAAAGGCUGUCAAAGUUUCUGCUGAAGAAUGAACACUUGUGUGAAGAAUUCUCAUCAUUAAUGGGAAAGGAAUUUUAA